UUGAUGUUUUAAAAAAGUAUCUAUGAUAUUCUUAAUAUUCUAUAUGCUCUUUUUUUGUUUAUUAUUAUAUUAAUAUGACUUUUUUGUUUUUCUUUCUAUCAAUAAUUAUUUUUAUUUUGUUUAUGCUAAUCAACUAAAUUUUUGAUUUUAUGAAUAGAGCAUAUAAAUUUUCUUAUUUAUUGCACGUAUAAGGAAGAAAACAAUAAUUUAAAUACAAUAUAUAUCCAGCGAGAGAACGUCCACGGAUCGGACGAAAAUUCGUCCAUUUCGGACAAGUCUCCACCAACGGAACGCCUAGAUAGUCUCUUUCCAUCGCCGUACUACUCUUGCAGCUUGUGCUAGCAACGGAUAGCUAAUAGCGAUUUCAAUUUUAUAUCACAUUAAAAUGUCGAAAUUAUUUCACUCGUUCAAUUUUUUAAGAUAAUAGUCCCUUGAGUGUGUUUAUAUAUGUAUACAGUACUGAGUAACGUGCCACGCUCUCCCACUUUGCCUGCCUAUGCGCAGACCGUGAAUAUUCUCUCGUUGAAAUUGUAAUAUAAACAGUUUCGACUUUGUUUUAACCUCGCUUAGAUGUAUACGCAAGUGACAAAAUAUCGAAUUAAAAGAAAUUGUUGCAAGUUACAAAAUUAUUUAAAGGAAAAUGUGCGAUAAAUUUUUAAAUAAAUCAGGACAAGAACAUGUCGAGAAAUUAUCUGUUGAUGAAUCAUGUAUUACAAAAAAAUGCUUUCUAAAAUUAACUGAAGAUCGUUCUGAUCAAGACAUUCCUACACAUGUACUAGGCACAACCAAAUAUCCAAAAGCCAAUUUAUAUUACGCUUUCGCCGAAGAUACGCAUCCGAAAAAGAGGAUUGAUACCGCUUCUAAGAUUUUUGAAGAACAAAAAUUUGUAUCGCAUUCCGCGUCAUUUAAAGAACGUUUUACUAAUCAGGAAAAAGGUUUUACUAAUCAUUCUAAUUUAGAAAAAGAAGCUGUAAAUCACUAUCUUAGAACUGAACCACCAAGUUUCGUUAUUUUCGGAAAACCAGGGUUACUUCAUGGCAAAUUGGCAUCAGCAAUAGCCGAUUCUUGGAAUUGUGUUUUGAUUUCACCCAAAUUGGUAAUUCGACAAGAGAUCGACGCUGGAACCGAGAAAGGUCAAUAUAUAGAAAAUAUUCUACGAUCUGGCAAAAGUGUAGAAUAUAAUAAAAUUAUUAUGGAUUUGAUGCGAUGUAGGAUCGGAAAAAGAGAUGUCAAACACAGAGGUUACGUUGUUGAAUUUUCACCACUUAUUCCUGACAUGAACUUUGAUGAUUCAUCAUAUUCGAGUACUAGUGUAAAUAUGAAUACUUGUCCAGAAUUUUGCGAAAAUACGGUAAGUGAAAACAGCGAGGCACAGGAAGAUCUAAUUACAUCUAAUGAUGUAAGAUGUAAGACGGAAUAUAAAUAUGAGCAAGAAAUCGCUCGACAGAUUGAUGUAAUGUUCACUGUAUGGCCGAGAAAACCUCUGAUAAUUAUUUAUCUCAUAUGUCCGAAGCAAGAUCUUGCAAAUAGAUGUGCACGCUGGCGUAUAGACCGUACUUCCCAAGAGUAUAAUAUUUUUGAUGAAAAUGAAUACAUGCAUUUAUAUAAUGGCAACGAAUCGGAUACUUCGUACGAUUUUUCUCAAGUUGCAAACGAACAAUCAAUUAUGAAUAUUCAACAAAUGUCGUCCGUAUUUUUUGAUAAGUUGCAUUGUGAUAUUUACGAACAAUAUGCGUUACCAGUUAUCGACAAAUGGAUACUCGCGCACGAUCCUCAGUAUGUGAUUCGCGUGGAUGGUCGUAGCUCGACGCGACGAAUACUUCAGAUUCUCGAAACGCGUUUGUGCGUUUUGGCAUUGCAACCAUCGAUCCUUCCAAAAAAAAUGAUCGUACAAGAUGAUGUAAAUUUUUUGGAAAAUUCUGAGGAAAUAAACUUGAACGAUGAACCUGCGGAAAAAUCUGCAGAAGAAAUUUUCGAGAUUCUGAAGCAAAGAGAAGUUGUGUCACCCAAAUAUCUUUGGAAACUUUCUGCGUGGAAGUAUUAUUGUCCCGUCGCGCUAGCCCAAGGACGAACUAUUAAGGGACACUCGAAGCACGCAAUCCGAUUUCUCAGUAAAAUUUUUUUUCUUUCUUCUCAAGAAGCUAUGAAUUUGUUCAUCGAAAAUCCACGAACAUUUUUAUUGCCACCGAAUCCACGAUCAACUUGCAAAAUAGCGGUGUUUGGACCCAAGUAUGCUGGUAAGUCGGAACUUAGCGUCCGAUUGGCGGAAACUUUUGGCGGAAUAGUGAUAAAUGUUGACGAGAUUAUGAAAAAAUUAAUUAAACAGCGCGAGGAAUCUUUGAAUCAAAAAUUGUCUGAGAACGAUUUGAAUGUACAAAUUUCGUUAGAUUCUAUCGAUAUAUCUGUUGAUGAAAAGGCUGAUAUUAUUAUACAAAAUAUUAAGGAAAUACCCGAGAUGGAAUUAGAAGAUGAAUUACGAAGAGAUGGUGGAUAUGUUGUGGAUGGAAUGUGCGUGGACCAUCAAGUUUGGCGAAAAAUUGUCGAUGCUAACAUUAUAUUCGAAGAUAUCAUCGUUUUGUUCGAAAACGAGCCGUACGCCUACCUACUGAAUAAAUUUCGCAAUUUCUUUUAUCUUGAUAAUUUAGAGCAUAAAGUAGAACGUUACGAAGCCGGAGAUACGGAGGAGGAUCAAGAAGAAUAUAGAAUGUCGCACGAAGAAUGGGAAUAUCUUGAACACUUAACGCGAUUCGCAUCGGAAUGGAUAAAAUUCGAGGAACAAAUCCUUGAAUUUGGAGGAAAUGUGAUAAGAUGUAAUCUUGCAGAUAUUGAAAAUGUGAUAGAAUACGUUAUAAAUCAUAUCAAAAAUCGUUUCGAUACUUCUGUAAGCGCCCAAGAAAAAGAUCAAGAGAAUGAAAUUCAACAGGAAGAAGCAACAGCUGCGGAAAUUGAAACAAGUUUGGCCACUGAAAAUGAUAAAAGAGAAAAUGAAUAUCUCGCAUAUAGUAUUGAUCUUGAAACAGCUGAACAACUUCUCAAUUGUGGUUACUUUUUUUUCAGCACUUUUGGACGGUGGUGUCCCGUGCAGGUGUACGCCAACAAGAUUCCUAUUCAGAUGUUUCUACCGAUGAAAGAUCGUGGCCAAAUUUUCCCGGUUGUAUAUCAUCCUUAUAUCUACUUUCUUGCCGGUAAAGCAGCACUUAUCGCAUUUCUGAAUGAUUUCUCGAGAUAUCUGACAAUUGAUUGCCGUCCAUCGCUUAUUCCGCUUCGAAUCUCUAUCAUUGGACCGCCUCAUUCUGGAAAAACAACGCUGGCGAAUCGUUUCGCGGAAACGUAUGGCAUGAAGAUAAUCAAUCACGUGAAAGCGUUGCGGCAUAUGGUGAAAUACUAUCUUUGGACCGAAUCGGGGCGCAAGGCUGAGCACGAUGAGCUUCGAGCCGGUCAGCCUGCUUCGGUUGAAUCCGUAAUGCGUGCUAUAGAAAUAUUUUCCAUAGGACCACGCGCAGCAACUCAAGGUUAUAUUUUGGAUGAUUGUCCUUCAAAUCGUAAGGAAGCUGAACUAUUUGUUCUCUUGGGGAUGCAGCCGAUGAUCGUACUUGAUCUCAAGGCGGAUCUAGAAUUCUGCAUCGAAUGCUUCUAUAAUGAUCCGAUACAUCCAGGAUAUCCUGUCAAUUUUCUGGAGGAGUGGUAUAAGGAAUGGCAAGAGAAUCAAGCGAUUUUCCGAGACUGGCUAAAAAAAUUUUCGCAGAACGUAAUCGAGCUAGAUGUUACUAAAAAUAAAUGGCAUGUAUGGACUCGCGCGGAUUGUGCAGUGCGGUCCCGAUUCGCCGACAUUAUGCUUUACUUUAAUGAAGCAGAUUUGGAAAAAGCUCAUAGUUUGAAACACAUGUGCGUGUCACCUUAUGAGUUUCGAUCGCGGCAGAGUCAAUAUACAUCAUACUGUCCCGUUUGCUGGUUUUUUGAAAAAAACUUGAAAACUUCUGGUCAAUCAGUGGAUAGUCAAGGAAUGAUACAGUUUAGGGAGUACUUUUAUUGGAUUUGUCCGCAACAUAUGAAUACUUUUAUUGAAGAUCCACUGCAAUAUGUUUCACCUGUUAAAGCAAUAUCUCUUCCCGAUGAUCGACCACGUAUACUUAAACAGAUAGUCGAUACGGAGCAUGCUUGCUGGGUGCAACGUCUUCAAGUUAGCGGUUUAUGCUUGGUAACUUAUGUCGAUAGUCUACCGGAUCGCAAAUUAAUGAAAGGCAGAGAUGAUCUUGGUGUUAUCUUCAAGGGUAAAGUAUAUCUCUUCUGUAGUGAAAACUGUCGUGAAAAGUUCCUCGCGCAGCACAACAAAUAUUCUGAAAUGGAUAUUGUGUUUCCUCCGCCGAUCAAAAUGCAAGAUCUAUCAAAUGUCGAUUUUUUGAAGCAAACAGUGGCAAGAAUAUUAAUCGAAGCUGUAAAUGUAAUCGCCGUUCGUCGACCGAAAAUAUUCGGUUUAUCGGCAGCUGUCAGCGCAGCGAUUUACAUUGGCGUUUAUAUGAAGACGCACAAUACAUCCGAGCACUUGCAUGAGGUGGAUAUUUACGAAGCUGUGAAUGAACGAAUAGAAGGACUACACAGAAUUAUAGAGAUUGUCACUAAUGUCAUGAAAAAAAAGAUUAAUCCCUACGUGUCUUUACCAAAAUAUCCUAGUUAAUUACGUUAUAUGUCAUCGAUGCCCAUUUACUUUUAAAUUAUCUCCGUAUGUUUCAAAAUAAUCAUCAUUAAUCGCUUUAACAUUGUUGAAAGUUUGAGCUAUCUAUUUGCUUUUUAUUU